AUGCCGCUGUUAAGAAUGGCAUCCCGAGGCCUGCCUCGCCAAUCAACAAGCCUGGGAAGUCUCCGUAUCCUUGGAUCUAACCCAACCAAGGGUACAAGUAGAUCCAGAACGCCCAGAAGCCAGCCAGUGGGAAAGCCCUCGGAAGCACGCAGCGACCAGCCAGCGGGACAGCCUCCAGAAGGGGAACAGUACCAAUCCAAGGUCGAGGCCGUUUCUGCCGCUCUCCGCGAGGGCGCCAAAAACGCCGACAACAGCCUCCUCUCUCCCGUCCAUAUUCCGGAUGAUCCGCAUGGGAUCAUCAAGCCCGACCACCCGGCCAUGUCCAUCUUGAACAACUCGUCCAUUGUCGUGCAGCGGCAGAUAGAGAUGCUGAACGUGUUCCUCGGCUUCGAGCAAGCAAACAAGUAUGUCAUCAUGGACGGGCAAGGCAACCAUAUUGGUUACCUUGCGGAAAAAGAGCUUGGAUUGGGUGGCACGAUGGCGAGGCAAAUGUUCAAGACCCACAGGAGCUUUGAGACGCAUGUGUUUGACAAGAACGAACGGGAAGUACUGAGAUUCCACCGGCCAUUCAGCUACAUCAACUCCUGCAUCCGCGUAUACGACCCCACGCAAACCACUGACCCGCAACUCUCCGCGGAGGACAUCACUACGGCCAACAACAGCAGCGGCACCGCGCUCGUCAACCAGCCCCCGGCCCCGCACCUCCACUACUCGCAAAUGCGCGUCAUCGGCGAAGCGCAGCAGCAAUGGGCGCCCCUGCGGCGCAAAUACAACCUCUUCCUAUCGCGGGACGUGUCCACAAUCGAAGAAAGCGCCACCACCACGCAAAACCCCAACCCCAACACCAACACCAACAACAACGACAACAGCAACAGCAAAGCGCUCCAGACGACAACCGACGCCAACCGCGCCAUGGUCCAGUUCGCAUACGUCGACGAGCCCUUCCUCUCGUGGGACUUUUCGCUCCGCCGCUCCGACGCCUCGCUCCUCGGCUCCGUGAACCGCAACUUCGGCGGCUUCGCGCGCGAAAUCUUUACCGAUACGGGCGUGUACGCGCUGCGCAUGGACGCGUCGGCCGUCGAGCAUCUGCAACAACAAGAGCCACCACAACAACAACAGCAGCAGCAGCAGCAGCAGCAGACAGCCCUAGCCACCGCCCCAGCAAUGACGCUCGACGAGCGCGCCCUCAUGCUCGCCACAGCCGUAACCAUCGACUUCGACUACUUCAGCCGCCACUCCAGCGCCGUAGGCGGAGGCAUGGGCCUGCCGAUCCCGAUCUGGAUCCCAGGGAUGGGGGGCGGGGCAGCCGCCGAAGGCGGGGCCGUAGGCGCAGGCGGCGCGGUGGUCGGAGCAGGGGAGAUCGGGGCCGCGGAGGCGGGCGCCGGCGCGCUGGGCGGCGCUGCGCGCGGCAUGGGCGCUAGUGAGGGCGCGGUCGCGGGCGUGGGGUCGGUUGCUGGCAUGGAGGCUAUGCGGCGCGGCCAGGGUGGUGGUGCUGGUGCUGGCAGCGCUGAUGACGCGAGCCCGGUCGCUGGGGAUCCGUGGGGUAAUGGGGGUGGUGAUGGGGGUGCUGGUGAUCUGGCUCGUGCGGGUGGGGAUGGUGGUGGAGAGGGCGGCGGCUGGCUGGAUUCGUUAAGUGAGUUCUUUGAUUAGUUUUGCGGGGGGUUGUGGCGUGUUGUCGGUAUGGAGAAGAGACAGUGACGGGGGGAGGUGGAGGCGUGGACAGCGAAUGGUAGUGAUGGGCGAGCUCUGCGUGAGAGGCUUUUCAAACGAAGCCAUAUGCAUAAUUUGCAUCCUUGUAAAGCGGAAGCCAUCACUACCACUUGGAGAAGCCGCCAGUGGUACUUGAAAGAGUCCGUACAUAACUCGAUUCUGCUCAUGUAUAUACAUAAGACAGCUUCCUUAACCUCACCAAAAUAUAUCACCACACUCAAUUCACCCUAUCAUCAAGCCCCACUUCACUUUCCCAUAUAGACACCAGAACGCAACCGACCCACCA